GUGAGGAACUCGCUUCCGGUGAGUUCAAGACUUUCUCAUCAUGGCUGCAGAGGGACUGACCAUGAAUAUUAUAGACGUGCCAAACAAAGUGCUGCAUGAAGAUGAGGCACAGCAGGACGAGGAGGAGGAGAAGGAAACUGCAGAUGGAACCUGGCAAAAGCUGGAGAGGGAGAGAAACGAGGCUGUGGAGAAACUCGCUGAGUUCCAGAUGGUGUCUCAGAGAGUCAUCGAGGAAGUCAGCGCCAUUCAGGAGGACCUGGAGAUCGAGAGGAUGUGUAGAGAAAGUGCUGAAGCCCUGGCCUCAAAGCUAACGCGUCAAAACCGCUCUCUGAAGAGGAAGAGCAUGAUGAUGAUAUCAUACCUCAGCCCGGAAACCAUCAAGGACAUCAAUCUGGAUGAAGAAGAGCAAGCCGACGAUGAGGAGAAAGUUGGGGAUGAAGAGGAGGAACAAGAAUCCGCUGCCACAGUUUGCCUCUCCGCUGACUGCACUACCUUUAUCUCAGAUCUACAAAAUAAGUUGGAACUGACACUUAAGGAAAAAAAUCAAGUCAUCUCUAAUCUUGAAUCCACGAGGCAACAACUACAGACCGCCUGUGAUGAACUAAUGAGAGAGAAACGCAACAACACGGAUUUGAUUGCCGAGCGUCUGCAACAAAAGAAGCUCCUGGAGCAUUACAGCAGAGUUUCUCAGUUUGCUGUGGAGGAAUACGAAGCUUUGCAGCGAACCCUGGACCUGGAGCAGAACCUGAGGACAGAAGCAGAAAACUUUGCCAGAGACAUGCUGGUCGAACAGACAAAACUGAAGAGGCAGAGUCAGAUCCUCCUGCAGAGCUGCAUGCCCAGCCCAGCUCUGCAGGAUGUGGUCAGUCAGGUGGCCGCUCUGACUGAACAGAUGGAGACCCAGAAGCUGCAGCAUCAGAACCAGAUCAAGCAGAUGGAAGAAAAACUAAAGAGCUGUGAAACACUAAAGGAACUAACAGCAUUAAAGCUGAAGCUGGAGCUCCUGGAAGAGGAAAAGGAGGCGUGCCGUAUCCGCUGCUUUAACGCUGAACAGCAAGUCAAAGAUCUACAGUUUACAGUUGAGCAACUUCAAAAGAAGCUGAACGCUGCCACCAACCCUCCCCCAGCACCUCCACCUCCACCUCCACCCUUGCCUCCUGCGGCCCCAGAGUCGACCUCAAACCCUCUCAGCUCAUUGCUGUCACUGAUUCGAAAGAGAAGGAACGUCAGCCAUGACAUCCCGUUGGUGGACCAGGACUCGGCCACGCCUGCAGCAGAUAUCCGGCACCAGACUGUGGAGGAAAUGAUGCAGAGAAUUAAAAAAGGAGUUCAACUUCGACCAGUGAAACAGUCACCAAACAGAAGUGAACCAAAGAUGGAGAGGCUGCCCUCUAAUUCUGCCAUUCAAGAACUUAAAGGAAUCAUGGAGAAUUUCAACAAAACGCGCCCUCAGCCCAAAGCUGUGUCACCAUCACCAGGCCAGGACGAAGAGCUGCAGAGGAUUCUUCUAAGAAGGCGGGACAUCCUGAAGUCCUAACAAAACGCCACAAGCCAUUCUCCUUAUCAUUUACAUUAUGAAAUGCUUCUACCGUUAUAAGUUAUUGGAUUCAUCCCGAAGUGUAAUGUUUAGGUUUAGGUCAAGAAAGCUUUCAGCCAUCCUCAGUGGAUAAGAGUCAUGUAGUACAGAGUGAUCCCUUUGGUUACGUUCACACUGCAGCCUUAAGUGACCCAAUUCCAAUUUUUUGGGAAUUUUCACACUUUCAAAUAUAUGGGACUUUUAUGUGUUCUCCAGUGUGAACGGGCAAACGACCUGAAAGUGUCAUGCACGCGCAGUAGAGGGCGCAGUAACGUCACACAUAGAGCGCGUGCUCAGUGUUUUGCCAACAGCCAUAAAGAAGAAGUGCUCAGUGUUUGCGGAAGUAAACAUGGAUGCUGUCAGUGGAGCGAAUAUUAACAACUUAACAUUACCAUAACUUAACAUGUUAUGAUUGACUAUCAUGUCAACUAUGACACGAUAGUCCGUCAUUGUUGUUGUUGUUUUUCUAACCGCUUGCGCGUAUCAGGACGCAGAAUAGUGACGUUUGUCGAGUAUCUGACGUUCAAGUCGGAUGAAUGCGACCUGGACAUUAGGUGACGUUUGAAUCGGAUACGUAUCGGAUAUCCGGGUCGUAUUCGAAAAAAAAUCCGACUUGUGUUGUUCAGACUGUCAUGAAAAGAUCAGAUACAGGUCACAUAACGUAAAAAAUAAAUAAAUUAAAUUAAAUAAAAAUCGGAAUUGGGUCAUUUCAGGCUGCAGCCUUUGACUCAACAAACUUAUUUUACUUUCUGAAGAAAAUUUAAGUCAAUAUUUUGCAUAGGUUUGGGUUUGGUUUUCUUUUCAGAGUUUGUCCCCGUUUCGUUCUGUGAGAGUGAAACAUUAUGAUUUCCUGUGGUUGCAUGUGGAAGACAGUAGAUCACUUUUAGAGAACAAAUGACCCAUAAAGAUAGAUUCUAAGAAUCCCUGAUAUACUUUACAUGUAAAAAGAUCUCCAUACAUAAAAGAGGGAAAAUAGAAACUGUUUGGGUACAUUUGAACUAAAUUAAAUAACAUUUAUUGUGCUAUUGAUUUGUUUUGAGAGUCUUUGUUCGGUCAAAUGAAAGUUGCAACAUUUGACUGGAUGCAACAUCACUUUUUCAAGGCUUAUUAAACUCUUUUUUCGAUCAGUCCACUUUUGUUUGCUACUUGUUGAAUAAGGUUGUGAAUGUAUAGCCUUGACCUUAUUUCAAUGUAAAUUGUUUCAGUUUAGCUGGGGUUGGGCCUGGCAGUCAGUGGGAUGCUACGAGUCAUAGAGGAUGUCAUUCCCGCUUUCUAGGGAAUUGUGCUUUUGGGACGGCAAACACUCAGCAGGGUUUUUUAUCUGGUGACUUUUAAAUAUUUAAGUGUCAAAAACCCUUCAUCACCCUGUAUCAGUAGCCAAACCACACAUGUUUACAACCAUCUCCAACUGAAAGGCUUGUUAAGCAGCAACUUUGACUGAUAGUGCCUUUGCCUGAUUUUAUUGACGUAAAAAUAAUAUCUUGUUAUUAAAAUCAGUAGCAUACA